UGCAUUUGUCUAUUAAGCAGUCACAAAUUACAAAACGCAUUCAUCUUCUCGAGUAUACUUAUGGCUGCUGAGCAAGGUGAUCGAUGUUCCUCCAUUGAAGUACCACUUUUGGUUGAUGAAAAGGUUUAUCAAGUGAAUGAUUCAAAAAAUAAGGAUGAAUACCACAUGGUUCAUGUGGGUAACGCUUCUUCAUUCAAGACUUGCUUCCAUCUAGUUAAUGCUAUCUCAGGUGUUGGUAUUGUCUCAAUACCUUAUGCACUAGCAUCUGGAGGAUGGUUAAGCAUUUUGCUACUAUUCACAAUAGCCAUAGCAUGUUGUUACACAGGCACAUUGGUCAAAAAAUGCAUGGACAUGGACCUUAAUAUCAGAACCUUUCCAGACAUAGGUCAACAUGCAUUUGGAUCAAAAGGGAGAUUAAUGGUAUCAAUCAUCAUGAAUUCUGAGCUCUAUCUUGCUGUAACAGGUUUUCUUAUUUUAGAAGGAGACAACCUUAACAAACUUGUACCGAACGUGCAAAUUCACCUAGCAGGAUUAACAAUUGGUGGCACAACAAUGUUUACUAUGGUUACUGCUCUUGUUAUUUUGCCUACUGUUUUGUUAGAGGACAUGAGUUUGUUGUCUUAUGUUUCUGCUGGUGGUGCUUUAGCUUCUUCGAUCUUCAUCGUUUCUUUGUUGUGGAAUGGUGCAAUUGAUGGAACAGGGUUUCAUGGAAAAGGAAGGGUUUUUAGAUGGAGUGGAAUACCUUCUGCUGUUAGUUUGUUUGCCUUUUGUUAUAGUGCUCAUCCAAUUCUUCCUACUCUCUACAAUUCGAUGAGGGACAAAAGUCGGUUUUACAGUGUCCUAUCUGCAAGCUUUUUGGCAUGCACAUUUGGCUAUGCAGCAGCAGCAAUUCUAGGGUACUUAAUGUUUGGAGAAGAAGUUGAAUCACAGGUAACAUUAAACCUCCAAACAGGAAAGUUGAGUUCAAGAGUGGCAAUAUAUACUACCUUAGUCAAUCCAAUAGCAAAAUAUGCAUUAAUGCUUACUCCAGUCAUAAAUGCUAUAAAAAUGAAGGUUUCAUGCAAUUAUUACAACAAAAGGGUCACACAUAUGAUUAUUAGUACAUCUUUAUUAGUAGGUUCUCUUACUAUAGCUGUGACCAUUCCCUUAUUUGGAUAUCUUAUGUCACUUGUUGGAGCAUUGUUAAGUGUCUCAGCUUCAAUUUUAGUGCCAUCAAUUUGCUACUUGAAGAUUUCAGGAUCAUACAAGAGAUUUGGGUGUGAAAUGGUUAUUAAUUAUUCAAUAAUUGUAAUGGGGGUUGCUAUUGCUGUUUUUGGUACUUAUAGAUCUCUUGUAGAUAUAAUUCAGAAUUUGUAAGUUUCUUUGGAUAGAAACAUUUUCCUCCUAUAGAGAGAGUGGUGUAAUCGGAACUUAAUUUGCCUUGCAAAUUACUUUUAUAUAAAAUUAAAAUACUUUUGUUAA